GAGAAGAAAAAAAAAAGGUCUUAAAGACAUUUUAAGAUUGUUAAUGAUUAUCAUUUAUCAACAUCAUCAAAACUCCUCCCAAGUCCCAAAACCCAACCAGACCAGUCCCAACUUCACAGGCCUCAGCCUCUUCCCUCAGCUCUCUGAUUUCUUAAAAUCUCCGACAAAGCUCAAAAAACCGUAGGAAGGAAACAUUCUCGGAUCGGCUUAGCUUUUUGUCUUCCACUCUCUUCCACCAACAACUCCCACAUAUCAAAAUUUGAUUUUUAUUUCAAAGUAUAAGGUUUCCAUCGUUAUGGGCUCAAUUAGACAAAAGCUUAUACUUUAUUUGUGGGAAGAGAUUCAUUACAAUGUUUAUGGAGCAUAUGAAAAGGUGCAGAUUGAUUUCUAGUUCAGUUGAAAAUCAAGUGCUUGGUGGAUGCAAAGUUGAUUUGAAUAUUCCCACAAUGUCAUCAUCAAUGGAUAAUUCUAAUGUCAUAAUACCAAACCCCAUUGUUGAGCCUCAUGAUGGUAUCGAAUUCGAAUCUCAUGAGGAUGCAUAUACAUUUUACAAGGAGUAUGCUAAGUCUGUUGGAUUCGGUACAGCUAAGUUGAGCAGCCGUCGAUCCAGGGCUUCUAAGGAGUUUAUUGAUGCGAAAUUUUCGUGUAUAAGAUAUGGGAACAAACAACAAUCUGAUGAUGCUAUUAAUCCAAGACCUUCCCCGAAAAUCGGUUGUAAAGCAAGUAUGCAUGUGAAGAGAAAACAAGAUGGUAAGUGGUAUAUUUAUAGUUUUGUAAAGGAGCAUAAUCAUGAUCUUUUACCUGCUCAAGCUCAUUUUUUUAGAAGCCAUAGAAAUGCUGCUGAUACAAUGAAGAAUGAUGUUAGGAUUCGCAGACGAAAGAACUUAGCUAAUGUGUCUAAAUUAUUCAGUGCUUAUCAAAAUGUUGAAUGUUUAGAGAGUUAUUUAAGGAAUCAACACGAUAAAGGACGAUACUUGGUGUUAGAAUCAGGUGAUGCUGAAAUGUUGCUUGAACAUUUCAUGCAAAUGCAGGUUGAUAACCCGAAAUUCUUCUACGCUGUUGAUUUGAACGAAGAGCAUCGAUUGAGGAAUGUUUUUUGGGUUGAUGCUAAAGGAAUGGAAGAUUAUUCUAACUUUAAUGAUGUUAUAUCUUUUGACACAACAUAUUUCUCCAACAAGUAUAAAAUUCCUUUGGCACUCUUUAUUGGAGUGAAUCAUCAUACUCAGCCUACUUUACUUGGAUGUGCUUUGAUUGCAGAUGAGAGUCUUUAUACUUUUGUUUGGUUAAUGCAAACAUGGUUUAUAGCAAUGGGUGAACAAGCUCCAAGAGUUAUCCUAACUGAUCAGAACAAUGCCAUCAAAACAGCUGUUGCAGCUGUUUUCCCGAGCACCCGACAUUAUUUUUGUUUGUGGCAUGUAAUGGAGAAGGUACCGAGACAACUCGAGUUUUUGGGUAUGUGGCAUGAUAGUGUUAUGAAGAAGUUUAGUAAAUGUAUCUUUAAGUCUUGGUCAGAAGGACAAUUCGAAAAGAGGUGGUGGAAACUGAUAGAGAAAUUUAAUCUUAGACAAGUUGAAUGGAUUCAGUCCUUGUAUGAAGAUCGAAUGUAUUGGGUGCCUACAUUCGUGAGGGACAUAUCUUUUGCAGGUUUGUCUACAACUUCUCGAUUAGAAAGUUUGAAUUCUUUGUUUGACAAAUAUGUUCAACGGGAAACAUCGUUGAGGGAUUUCAUGGAACGGUACAGGGAAAUUCUUGAAGAUAGGUAUGAAGAAGAAGCUAAAGCGAAUUUCGAUGCUUGGCAUGAAACACCCGAGUUAAAAUCUCCAUCACCGUUCGAGAAACAAAUGUCUCUUGUAUAUACUCACGAAAUUUUUAAGAAGUUUCAAGUUGAAGUUUUGGGAGCGGCUGCUUGCCAUCUUAAGAAAGAAAAUGAAGACGGGACAAGCACAACUUAUGCUGUUAAAGAUUUCGAGGAUAGUCAGAAUUACAUAGUUCAAUGGAACGAAUCAAAAUCAGAUAUUUUUUGUUUAUGUCAAUCAUUUGAGUAUAAAGGUUAUCUUUGUAGACACGCGAUUGUUGUUCUUCAAAUGUCGGGUGUGUUCAGCAUCCCGUCUAAGUAUGUGCUGCAGCGAUGGACAAAUGCUGCUAUGAGUAGACAUCCCAUUGGUGAAAAGCUAGAUAAUGUUCAACGAAAGGUUCGUCGUUACAAUGAUUUAUGUAGACGAGCCAUAAUAUUGGGCGAGGAAGGAUCUUUGUCCGAACAGAGUUACAAUGCAGCUUUAAGUGCCAUAAAAGAAGCUUUGAAGCAAUGUGCAAAUUUGACAAACUCUUUAGAGAACAACACAAGACCCGAUACCUCAGCCGUAGUAGGUGGUGUUUGCACCGUCGAUGCAGAGAAUCAAUGCAGCAAUGCCUCUACUUACGAGGUAUCCGACGUUAAAGUGACCCCAACGCAUAGUGUCUCUGAGAGACCCGAGCCUGGGAAAGAGACCGCAAGUAAAAAAGGAAAGUUACAUCAGACAACAGAAGCUGCAAGUGUUGUCACUCAUCAAGGGAGCUUUCACCAAACGGAGUUUUCUGGAUCAAACAUGAUGCAACAGUUACAAAAUGUGGUAGUACCUACACAAUUACAUAACAUGAAUAUGAUGCCUCCUCCUCCUCCAACUGCAAUGUUUCAAACUGUUUCAGUAGCUCAGUUCCAUAACAUGGCUGCUGCUGCUGCUGCCGCGGCCGCCUCAACCACUCAUCUCCAUCACAACAACCCCAGUCUUCCUCGUUGAUGCGAAAUUCUCUUGUAAAAACCGAAACUUUAUUAUAGAAAUAUGUACAGGUACAUACAUGGAUUGAGUACUCACUUACUCUUAUCACUAACUGAACUGGCAAAAACCUUUAGGCUCUCAUUGGUUUGAGGUAAUGAAACGAAAAAGUAAUAAAAUUCUCAUUAUUAUUUA